ACUGGUUCUCCGCGUUACAUCGUAUAGAGGAGAACCAUUGUCUAACUGUAACGGAUUACAUAAACCGGUUUUGAAGGCUUGAAUGUAUUCAAGCAUACAUGUGUAUUUUAUACACGGGUAUAAAUACCCGCGGCAGAGUAUGAAAAUCAGUUCUAGCGAUAUUUCUCUUACGAGAUCACCAGCAUUCAGCUAAGCAUGGACGAUUUAGAUAGAGUUGUGGAGGACAAGGUCAAGGCGUCCUUGGAAGAACAUAAGGAGGACAUGUUGAAGGAAAUAGGCAGCCUUUUUGAAAAGAUAAGUGGCAAUUCUAGUAGCAAAUUUUCUAGUAUGAUGAUUAACAGUGAAAAGUUUAAGCGUAAAAGCAAUGAGGAACAGUAUAAACAUAAUGCAAAAGUUAUGAUAAAAUUAGAAGACGCCGAGAAUGGCUUACAGGAUAAGAAAUUAGAGGAGUGUAGAGCUAAUAUAGCAGAAGCAAAAGAAAUGAUGGCUCGUCGACAGAAGCUUAUAAAACUUGCGGAUUCAGCUGAGUUGGGUUGGAGAGUCGUUCAGGAAUAUGAAGCCAAUCCUUUAGCGAGCGACUCAGACGAUGAAAAACGUAUCUUUAAAGCGGAAGCGAGGGCUUCUAAGAAGUACAAAGCAGAGAAAUCCAAGAAAACUAAGUCUGCACGUAACUGGCCAUACCGGAAACAACAGCGUAUGUUUACAGAGACCAGUCCCGGAAGUCAACAAUUGGUAGGCCGUCAAGGGCGUAGACCUGGGCUGUGCUUUGCAUGUGGCAAACCGGGGCAUUGGCGAGGGGCGCCGGAAUGCCCAGAAAGGAAUACUAAUAAUAAGAUAAGUAAUGAUUUAUUUACAUGCGUAAACAGAGAAAAUAUUUACGAUGGCUGUUGUGAUAGUAAUUUAUCAAACAGCGAAGGUGAUGUAUUACAUAUACCAUAUUUAAAUGAGAAAUAUGUUGAAGAACAUAAAAUAUGUUCACAGUUACGAUCUGUAGAAGAGAACGAAGACACAGUUGUUUCACCAGUAGGUAGGUUAAAAAAUUGUGUAAAUAAAUGGAAAGAGGCAUCGGAUAGUGCAUAUAUUAUUCAGGUUGUUGAAAAGGGUUAUAUGUUACCUUUGAAGGAAGUACCGCCAAGCGUAGUACUUAGAAAUAAUAGGUCCGCAAGAGAUAAUAUUAAGUUUGUAGAAGAAGAAAUAGAGCGUCUUUUAAAAAAGAAAGUAAUAUCUAGGUCUAUGGUUAAACCACACGUAGUAAAUCCCUUAACUGUCGCUUAUAAAAUAACCUCGCUACAAUGCACAACAUUAAUAUUGUUUGUUUAUUGUAAGUUAGAGUAA